AUGUAUUUUCGUAAAGAAUGCGGCACUGGUGGAACGGCGACACUUAGCGGGUAUCCAGGAACAAGAACGCAGGACACCCCAUGGGAGGGCUUGGGCUGUAAAACAUUCACGGGCAGCAUCGCACUGGCGACUGAUGUGGCCUGGGGCGCCUUCGGCAUAUACGAUAUCGAAGAGAUUACCGGAUCAUUCGUGGCCCAUGACAGCCCUCAACUGAAGGAUGUAUCCUUCCGCAACCUCCGAAAACUGGAGACACUGUCACUCAAGAACCCUGAUAUUGGAGCUUUCCUUGACGUCCGGCGUCUCGAGGAGCUAGAAAACCUUGAAUGGUCUCAGCUAUGGUACAGCGGUGGCAUGGGUUGGCGCAUCAACAUCACGACGAUCUCGAGUUUUGUGAUUGAGGAGACUUUCAUAACUACCCUCACUGCUGAUCAAGACUGGGAUGCUUCAUACUCUUCAUUCAGGAGCCUAAAGACGGCCGAUGAUAUCCGCAUCGAGACGAACCCGCAAAUGGGCACUAUUAGUCUUCCAGAGCUGACAUCGGUUACCAACUCCCUCAUCAUUGGAUACAACUCUGUCCUUGACCACACCUACUUCCCAGCUUUGGAAUGGGCAGGAAGCAUCACGCUCCGUGGUAAUGGACUAAACAUCCACCCAGCGAGCGCGGCAAGACUUGACUUGCCCAUACUUAUGGAGGUCAAGGGUUUGUUCAACGUCAGUGGCAACCCGCGUAUGGAAGAGAUCUCUCUACCAGCACUACAAAAGGUAGAUGGUGCUGUGCUGCUUGAAGACAAUCCCACUCUGCGGACUUUGUUCUUUCCAAGCCUCGAAACAAUCUCUGGGGACGUUCUGAUUCGAGGAAACAACCUCUCGAGCAGCUACUUCAAGCAUCACCACCCCAACUUCUUCAAACACAGCAUCCAUUACGGCUUCAAAUUCUACAGCGGCACCACAAACAGGGGCCGUUGA